AUGAACAAAGUGGACGCAACAUGUCGACCCGCCGCCUCUCUGAAAUUCACUAUUGACAAUAUCCUCAAUCUCAAGACAAGCGGGAGGAACCGGGACAGCUGUCACCCCGCCGGGUUGCAGGAUGACUCGGCCACGGCGAUGCGUAAAGACGGUUUCCAGAGUCACCACGAGGAGCACGUAGCCCAGCAGAGGCAGGACCCGGGCAGCAGGCUUAACCAAAGUGAGCUGACAACAGACUGCAACGGAGCAACGGAAUCGGUCAUCACCAGCCGCGGAGACCCGAAGAAGGCGACGGAGGUGCGCUUCGAGAGCGGGGACAGUAGCUGCGACGACAGCAGCUCCACCACCACGGCCACGGACCCCCACAAAGGAGGCAGCCCCGCCAAGAAGAGCAAAAUUAUAACGAAAAAGAAAACGCGCACUAUUUUUUCCAAGAGACAGAUUUUCCAGUUGGAGUCUACCUUCGACAUGAAACGCUAUCUGAGCAGCGCCGAGCGCGCCUGCCUCGCCAGUUCCCUUCAGCUCACGGAGACCCAGGUGAAAAUAUGGUUUCAGAACCGCAGGAAUAAAUUGAAACGGCAAAUCUCGACUGAAAUCGACGGACCUGUUACCGAUUUCCCCGAGACUGGAAAGCCCGUGGUGGUGGGGCAGCUCCCGGCCUUGUACAAAGAGAGCAACCUGCUGGGGAGAUGCCUGCUGCCCAUGCCUCUGCCCGUUGUAUACCCGGGCAGUAGCACGCCUUACCUCUGCUUCUCAAACGCCAGCAAGUACUUCAGCCUGUAUGACGGGGACGUAUGAUGCUUUCAUUCAUUCCCCACGUGAAAGAGACACUUUUUGGUGGUCUGUUGCCAAGUUUCAAGCAUUUAAGGUGUUUAAGGUGGGGGGCCGGACCUGCGGCCUUAGUGUCCAAGGACAGAGGAGUAGUUACAUAUCACUUACAAAAUAAGCUGAUUCGGUAUUAUUUAUUUUUCAGUCAAAGCUAUGGGUUUCGUAGGCCUGACACUAAACCUGCUAGUUACACAUAGCCGUUUUUAAGAAAUA